UUCCAGUGCUGCCAGCAGCUCAGAGCUCCUCCGGAGCCAGCCCUCCAUCGCCAACAUGGAGGAGCUCGCCAGAUCCCUGAUGGAGUCCCUGAACAUCACCCAAAUCUGCUGCAACCUGCUGGGAAAGCUGAACAUAGCUCAGGAUAGCAGCACUCCAGUCCUGUGCGGAGCCACGUGGGAAGAAUAUCCCGUCUGCCUGCAGUGCCGUCGAUGCCUCACCGGCAGCUGCCCGCACUGCAGCCAGCCCGCGGCAGAACCGGACCUGCCCACGCUGGCCGUCACCCUCUGCGCUGUGGACAUGCUGGUGCACGAGGAGGACCUCCAGCUGGAACUGGCGCUGGGCUUUGAGCUGGCCAUCAGCGGGGAGCCGGUCUACGUGUGGGAGAUAACCCAGCGGCUCCCCAAAAUCGCCCCCGAGAGAUGCUGCGAGGAGUGCAACGCGCCUCUGCCCAGGAGCCCCGGGGACGGCAAGGGCUCGCGGGCAUCGUUCCCCGUGGCCAGAUCCCCGGGAACCCCAGCGGGACAGAUGAGGCUGGGCAGGCAGGACGCGAGGGCUCCUCCUGCACGGCAGACCGGGGCAAAAGGCGGCGAUACCAGCCGUGCCGACCUGCAGCCAGCCGGGCGGGGGGAGUCUGUCCCCGCCGUGGUCCCCACGUGGCCCCUGCCCCCCUGGGCACAGCCUCCCCCUCCCACGGCCCUGGACCGCCUGCGGAGAGUCGGGCUGGAGCCCCUGCCCUUGGUGGGCUACAAGGGCCUGCGGCAGGGGGUCGGGCUGCAGCGCAUCCGGCAGUCCUGGUGCAAAGUGAAGAGCAGCGUGCGGAGGAUCGUCGGGGCCGAGCAGGGCCGGCUGUGGCUGGCAGGGAGCUCGGCACCCAAGGGCACCAUGAAAGGGGACCCGGAGCUGCCGUUCCACCUCCGGUUUCAGGUCAACGCGCUCUUCCACGCCAUGGCGAUGGAGGCGUGAGGAGCACCGGCGAGAAAAGGGCAGGCCAGAAGAGACCACCCGCUGGGCAGCACCCCCAGCCGAUGGGGAGAAGUGACUGGGGCUUCCCGGCCCAGCAGCAGCCCCUCUCGGUCCCCGUCGUCCCCAAGACAUCGCCGUCUGCCUGCUGCCGUCCUGCCCAGAGGGGAAGGCAGGGCCAUGCCUGCUCUGCUCCCCGUGCGGCUGAGGGACCAGGCUGCCGGCCGGGGCACGGACACUGGGGAGAGGCAGCGGGAAAAGAGGCUGCCACUGGGAAGGCGCGGGGAAGACAGAGGGAAGGAGGAAGGGGCUCGUCUGGAGAAGCAGCCAGCGACACGCCGUCUCCCCACUAACGCGAGAACCCAUCAGGGAAACCCACCCUUUAUUGAUCGAUUAAAAUGGUAGCGUCUUAAAAACA